AUGGCUGCAUACAACCUCAGUGGCUACAACACAGCACCCUUCACCCUCUCAGGCAUCCCUGGACUUGAGCAGCACCAUGUCUGGAUAAGCAUUCCCUUCUGUUUCAUCUAUAUGGUUGCCAUCGUGGGCAAUAGCAUCCUUCUGUAUCUCAUUGCAGUGGAGCACAGUCUUCAUACACCCAUGUUCUUUUUCCUCUCUAUGCUGGCUGUGACUGACCUGAUGUUAUCUACCACAUGUAUCCCCAAAACCCUGACCAUCUUCUGGUUUGGUCCCCAGAAAAUAAGCUUCGCUGGUUGUCUCACUCAGUUAUUCUUUCUGCACUACAGUUUUGUCCUGGACUCAGCUAUAUUGCUUGCCAUGGCAUUUGACCGUUACGUGGCCAUCUGCUCACCCUUGAGAUACACCACUAUUCUGACUCACCAGACCAUUGCCAAAAUUGCUGUGGGAAUCUCUCUCCGAAGUUUCUGUGUUUUUGUCCCAUGUGUUUUCCUUGUGAAUCGGCUACCCUUCUGCAAGACACAUAUCAUCCCUCAUACGUACUGUGAGCACAUAGGCGUUGCCAGGCUUGCCUGUGCCGACAUCUCCAUCAAUAUCUGGUAUGGUUUCUGUGUUCCCAUCAUGACGGUGAUCACAGAUGUGGUCUUAAUCGCCGUCUCCUACACCCUCAUUCUCUGUGCUGUCUUUCGUCUGCCCUCCCGAGAUGCCCGCCAGAAGGCCCUCGGCACCUGUGGCUCCCAUGUCUGUGUCAUUCUCAUGUUCUAUAUACCAGCAUUUUUCUCCAUCCUUGCCCAUCGUUUUGGGCAUAAUGUCCCUCGGACUUUUCACAUUAUGUUUGCCAACCUCUAUGUAAUCAUCCCACCUGCACUCAACCCCAUUGUCUAUGGAGUAAAGACCAAGCAGAUCCGGGACAAAGUCAUUAUUCUCCUGUUUCCCAAAUUGUCCCAGUGA